CUCCUUUUUCUCUCUCUACCCAUUAAAAACUGGACUCCUUCCUCUCCUCUCCACUUUCUCAUUAGCCUUUUUGUAGAGCUCUGGUUUUCUCUCUCCCAGCUCUCUCUCUCUCUGUAGAGCUCUAGAGAAAGAAAAUUUUCUGGCCAUCCUUCAUUGCCCCUCCAGCACACGGCUCUUUCUCUCUCUCACUCUGCCUUUUCUUUUUUCCUUCUAGUUUUGGCUCCUUCUUCUUCUCUCUGCUUCAGCCAUAUUUAUACACUAGAGAUACAUAUUUCUUGUUGCACUACAGAGAAGGGAGGGGAUAGACUUUUUGGGUUUCUUUUCUUUUUGAAAUUUGUUCUGGGUUAGUUUGAAAGUUUGAAGUUUUGUAUAGAUACCAUUGAUUGAUUUGAAAAAACAGGGGAGGUGAGAAAAUGGGGAAGUCUGUAGUGGGUUAUUGUGGCCUUUUCCUGACUCUGCUUCUGGUUUGUGUAUCUGGGUUCCACCAUGGGAACUUGCCUGUUGUCCCCUUUGAUGAGGGCUACACCCAGCUUUUUGGGGAAGACAAUCUGGUUGUUCACAGGGAUGGGCAUACCGUCCACUUAUCUCUUGAUGAAAGAACAGGGUCUGGAUUCGUUUCGCAGGACCUUUACUUACACGGCUACUUCAGUGCUUCCAUUAAGCUCCCUGCAGAUUACACUGCUGGAGUUGUGGUUGCUUUCUAUAUGUCCAAUGGCGAUACAUACGAGAAGAACCAUGAUGAGAUUGACUUCGAGUUCUUGGGGAACAUUAGGGGUAAAGAUUGGAGGAUACAAACAAAUAUAUAUGGCAAUGGAAGCACAGCCCUUGGCAGAGAAGAGAGAUAUAGCCUUUGGUUUGAUCCGGCCGAUGACUUCCAUCGAUACUCCAUUCUCUGGACUGAUUCCCUUAUCAUAUUCUACGUGGAUGAUGUUCCGAUUCGAGAAGUGGUGAGAACCGCCACGAUGGGUGGAGAUUUCCCUUCGAAGCCAAUGUCUCUGUACGCGACGAUAUGGGAUGGAUCGGACUGGGCCACCAACGGAGGGAAGUACAGGGUGAACUACAACUACGCACCUUACACUACCGAGUUCUCCGACUUUGCCCUCCAUGGCUGCGCCGCUGAUCCCACAGAACACUCCACCACGACAUGCGACACCACCUACACCACGCUACUGAAGGCCGUAGCAAUCUCAGGCUCGCAGAGGACCAGGAUGGACAGGUUCAGGACCAAGUACAUGACGUACUCCUACUGCUACGACCGUGUUCGGUACAAGGUCCCACUGCCCGAAUGCGUGAUCAGCCCGCAAGAAGCUCAGCAUCUGAAGUCGUUCGAUCCGGUUACAUUCGGUGGAGGUAGGCCCCGCCACCACGGGAGGAGGCACCGGAGGAGCCACAGAGCAGCCGCAGCAGUCAAUGGUGAGGCCAUUUCUAUGUGAGAAUAAAACACCCAGAACAAAUGAAGCAUGUUUUGGCCAGAAUGGAAUAAUGGAAUGUGUGUCUUGGGGUACAUUCAUGAAUGUGGAUGGGUGAUGGUGGUGGGGAAGGUGGGAUUUUGGUGUUUGAUUCUGUUUGGUUCAGAAUAGUAUUGUUUUUUUGUUUGUGAAUAGAGAUGAAAGAAAGAGCAUAGAUUCUUGAGAGAGUGGUUUGUGGUGGUGGGAGGAGAAUGGAGAUAUUCAUGGUUUUCAUAUUAUUAUAAAUUUCUAUAUGGGUUAUGUGUAUAGAUUGAUAGUUUAAUCUUCCUUUUCUUAUUUUUUCUUGCUGUUGAUCCAUUUUUUAUGUUGCAUUGUGCUUUUUUGUUGGUGGGUAAUGAAUGAAUA